AGCGCUCCCGUCGACUUCUCGAUCGAGUGCAGUUUCGACCUCCGCUAGUUUCCCUUUGCGGCAGCGUAAUUGGCCCAUGAUCAUGCCAUGAUCAUAGAGCAGGGUAUGCGGGCCCAGAUCGCCCAUGCAUCAGAGGACGUAGCAACUUGGCUCUUCGGCAGGGAUUUAUUAAUAGAGGUCACUUGGAAAGCUACAAACUGGGGUCCCCCUUUGUUACGAAAUGCUGGCGUCGGGUUCGGGAUUCAACUAGACGACUGCUUUUCGCACGCUCUCAAAUUACGAUAUCCGGGCGGCUUGAUGCCGGCUACUAGCCACUGCGACCCAGCACGGAACUAAAGACUUUUCAUGGCUCUCUAUCCGAGGGAAACUAGAUCCCUCGUCCUGAAGAAGAAGACCACGCCUUCAUUUGGAUAUCACUUUGAUGCUGUCUUGGAGACUCGUCCUGUUCCGGCUUUGAAAGAUGGGGAAGUGCUCGUCAGGAUAGGUGCAGUUAGCCUCAAUCACCGCGACCUAUGGCAGCUCAAGAACCUAUAUCCCAGAACGACAGCUGACUGCGUGAUGGGAGGGGACGGAGUUGGAACAGUAAUUUUUGCCCACCACCCCAAAGAUCCCCUUAUUCGACGUCGUGUCUUCUUCCAUCCAACCCGUGGGUGGGAAUCAAAUCCGGAUGGACCAGAGGAGGCUAGGCUCGAACUAUUGGGUGGUAAUCCGUUGGGCGGGAUAUAUUCCGAUUUUGUCGUCAUUCAUCGAAUGCACGUUUUCCCCGUUCCAGAUUAUCUCCCAAUGGUCCAUGCUGCUGCAUGGCCCGUCGCUGGCGUAACUGGUUGGAGGGCCGUUGUCAUUAAAGCAAAUGUAAAGAAAGGUGAUAACGUCCUUAUCACAGGGAUAGGUGGAGGAGUUGCCUUAGUGUCAAUGCAAAUAUGUCUUGCACUUGGUGCAAACGUCUAUGUGACGAGCUCGAGCCCACAAAAAAUUGCUCGCGCACAGGAACUUGGUGCUAUAGAUGGAGUCAAUUAUAGAGAUGAGGCGUGGCCAGAACAUCUUGGAAAGAUCCUCAUCGCCAACGCUAAGAACGAGGGAACUGCAUUGUUAGAUUCUGUCAUUGACUCGGCGGGUGGAGAUAUCUGCGCGAAAUCCCUCAAGAUACUGAAACAUGGUGGGAUCGUCGUAUGUUACGGAAUGACUUCAGUGCCUAAAAUUGAAUUCACAAUGAGGGAGGUACUCAGGAACGUGGAGCUCAAAGGGUCAACCAUGGGCUCACGUAAGGAUCUGCUGGACGCGACCGCGUUCAUGGAGAAGCAUCGCAUCGUUCCCGAAGUCUCGCAUGUCUUGCGUGGACUUGAGGAAAUCCACGAAGGAUUCAAAUUAUUGAACGAAGGUGCACAAAUUGGGAAGAUCGUUGUAAAAUUCCCUGGAAGGGAACCCGAUGGGAGUGUUAGGCUCUGAUAAUAAUACGAGAACAUUGUUCAAUCAAUACCAGUCGGUGUUCAAAGUCCUUCGUGCGCUGGGACCACCGAUCAGGCAGCGCAAGUGGCUUCAAGUGAACAGCACCGA